GGAUUUAUCGACUUCUUCCAACUCAGAUCGGGAAGCAUUUCUAUAAGAGCAAGAAAGUACCCAUCUCUGUGAACCUGAAACCAGCGGUCUUGGAGAAUGAGAUAAACAAGGUGAUGAAGAUGACUGUCCUCACUGUCACCAACAGAGGAUGUUGUUGUAACGUCAAGGUGGCCCAUUCUAGGAUGACGAUUGAACAGGUGGUAGAGAAUAUCUGUGUGGUAGUUGGCGUCAUUGCUGCAAAGCUUUACAAAAAAGCAACAAAUAUAAAAGUCAUCCAUUUAAAGAGCAGCUCCUCGAUUGCUUUGCCAAUCUACACAUCACCCCUUCACCACCUGGACGAUCUGGACAGUGAGUUAUUGAAAGAGCGGAACAAAAGGAAG